AGUUACAUCCGAGCAUGGACCUCAAGGAGCUCCUCAAGCAGGCGUGGACGACGGUAGCCGAGACAUGGCACCAAGCCUCCGCGUGCGAGAAGGCGCAGUACAUCGUCAUUGGCCUCCUGCUGCUCGUCAUCGUCGUCUCGGGCGCGGUCCUCGUCCUCGCCUUCAUGGGCCUCGGCGUCUCGGCGCACACCAAGGACGUGAUCAUCGAGGUGUGUUCGCAGAUCCUCAACGGCUGCUUUACGCUCUCGGCCAUCGCGACGCACCCGAUGCGCUUCUACAUGCUGCUGCUGGUGCUCUCCCGGCGCGAAGGCAGCCACGCGACGAUCCAGUCGUGGUUCCCGUCGCUCCCGAUUGCGUUCAACAGCAAGGCGCACAGCCACGCAGUCGUCGUCCCAAUCUCGUCGAUCCUUGGUGUGCUUGUUGUGCUCAACCUCAACUGCUUCUUCCAGUACCCGCUCACGGCCGUCAUGUGGGCGUACAACUACCGCGUCCGUCCCGUGUGGGUGAUUGCGACCUGCCUCCCGCUUUCGUUUGUUUGCGCCAUCAUCGCUGGCGUGUGGCAGUUGAAGCUCAGCCGGCGCGUCCAGCACGGGCAGAUUGAGCUCCUCGAGAACGACCUCUCGACCGACCUCCACGUGUAAGAUAUAACCUGAGCACUGACGAUACAUUGGUGUCGACAAUCCAGUGG